UAUUUCUAUGCUUCAUUUCUUGUGAUUUGAAAUGGGAUGGGAUUUCUUGGGAUUUCUUGAUUUCUCAUCUUGUAUUUCUAUGCUUCAUUUCUUGUGAUUUGAACCAAUGUAAUUUUGAUUUAUUUGCUUUGUAAUGCAACUUGUGCAGGGCUGUGAUGGUUCUGUUUUAUUGGAUUCUGCUGGAGGCUUAAAAUCUGAGGAAGAAUCUUCGUCCAAUCUGAAUCUGAAAGGAUUUGAUAUAAUUGACAAAAUCAAGUCACAUAUUGAUGAAGUGUGCCCUGGAGUUGUUUCUUGGCCGAUAUUGUUGUUUUAGUAGCCAGAGAAGGUGUUCUUCAGUGUUCACUGGCAGAAGAGAUGCUACCCAUUCUUUCCCAGAUAAGGCAACAUUUGAGAUUCCUUCACCCCAAGCUCAUCUACCUGAAACCCUUGCAUCUUUUGCAUCUAAGGGCUUUCAUGAAAGAGAAACUGUCAGUCUCUUGGUCAAUUCCUUAACUUAUUGAGGUUAAUGUGCAACAACAGUCCUGCUUCAGCGUCAGCAUCAUCAUUAUCAUCAACAACAAGUUCAGGUUCGUUUGACUGCAAAAAGUUAUCAUCAAAAGCAUUAUAACCUUCCUGUAAGAGAUCACUAUCUUCAACUUCUGGGAAGCCAAGGAGGGGCACAAUGCUUGCCCAAACACUUUACUUGUAAAGCUCACGACUGUCCUCAAUUGAGGAUCCAGGAAUCAAUAUGGCUUAUGAGGGACCUGGAGUAGAUUUUGGCAGGGUAUACUACUGCAGUCUUCUACAAGGUAGAGGAAUCCUAGUUUCUGAUCAACAACUGACGUCUGGGGAAGAAACUGAUAAUGCGAAAUGGUGAAUGCAUACGCUUCAGAUGUCUCUCAGUUCCGCCAAGACUUCGCACGAGCAAUGGUGAAGCCCUCAAAUCUCCAUGUCUUGACAGGUUCAGAUGGUCAGGUCAGGGUCAACUGUUCAAAGGUGGCAUGAGAGAAGGAAAACUGUAUUAACUGUUAAGC